AUGCUAGUCUUUGACAGAGGCUUUACAAUGUUAGCCGAAGACUGGAGGCUUUCCGUAACGGCAUCCUUUAGAUACGAUGUCAUUGAACGAUUUCAGGAGCCACCUUCCCUUCUCUUCCCAGAAUCAGCAGCCGAAGAAGCGGCAGCAGGGUUCCGAAUAGGUCCCUACCAUGGGUGCCUCCCCGUAGGCGAGGGGUUAACCUCAACCGUCUACCGAGCUGAGGCGCCUUUGUCCCAAGACGCCGCUGUCCACGCGCUCAAGGUCGUUCAUCCUUACCAGACCUUUGAACCGCACAAUCCUCAGCGCGAGGUCAAGAUCUUGAAAUCGCUGAACCACUCGGCUGUGAUUGCCUUGCUCGAUUCGUUCCGCGAUCAAGAGCAACGUUUGAAUUCGCCGCCUAUUCAGGGACAUCCUAGGCGCGCUAGCCUACGUCCACUCAAGGGGAUUAUACACCGUGACAUAAAGCCCUCGGCCAUUCUGCUUGACAGCGAGGAUGGCCCGGCCUACCUGUCCGACUUCGGCACAGCAUGGCACCCCGACCUUUCGCCCUCAUCCGAGCCAGCAGGCGCAAUGAUCUUGGACAUCGGCACCGGUGCUUACAGGCCUCCAGACGCUUUAUUUGGAAACAAGUCCUACUCUACUCCGGCUGAUAUGUGGUCCCUGGGCGUCCUUCUCUCCGAAUCUGCGUCUACCAACCCAAACGGGCCCACCCCCAUCUUUGAGUCUCCGCCAACACAUGAGGACGGAAGCCAGCUCGGUCUCAUCCUUAGCAUCUUCCGCACUCUCGGCACCCCGACCCCGGAAACCUGGCCCGAGGCCACCAAAUUCAAAACGACGCCCUUUGGGAUGUGGAGGGUGUUUGAGCCUAGGGCUCCCGACGAAGCAUUUGCCAGUGUUCAGGAGGGCUUUAGAGGCCUGGUGGCAAGCCUCCUGAGAUUCGAGAGUGGAGACAGGCCAAGUGCCGAAAUGGUAGGCAUCGCCCUGCAGCACGAAUGUAUGCGUGUAUAG